UGGGAUUUUCCCAUGAGUCUCAAUAUUAGAAUUUCAACCCCCUCAAUAAAUAUGAGGCUGAGGAUGUCUGAGGCUCAUUCUGUCCUCGAGCCCACCAGGAAGAAAAGAGAGCUCCAUCUCCCUCUAUGAACCAGCUAUGAACUCCCUCUCCACAAACACCUUCAGUCCAGUGGCCUUCUCCCUGGGGCUGCUCCUGGUGAUGACUACUGCUUUCCCUACCCCGGUUCCCCGUGGAGAAGAUUCUAAAGAUGAUACCACCUCAAAUAGACCACCACUCACCUCUUCAGAACAAAUUGAAAACCUCAUUAAGUCCAUCCUCCUCGAAAUCUCUGACGUGAAAAAUAAGAUGUGUGACAACCAUGAAUCGUGUAAAAACAGCAAGGAGGUACUGACAGAAAACAACCUGAACCUUCCAAAACUGGCCAGAAAAGAUGGAUGCUUCCAUUCUGGAUUCAAUCAGGAGACCUGCUUGAUAAGAAUCACCACCGGUCUUCUGGAGUUUCAGGUAUACCUGGAGUACCUCCAGAACACAUUUGAGGGACAUGCCCAGGCCAUGAAGAUAGGAACCAAAGCCCUGGUCAAUAUCCUGAGGCAAAAGAUGAAGAACCCCAUUGAAGAAACCAUUCCUGACCCAACCACAAACACUGGCCUGCUGGAGAAGAUGCAUGCACAGAAAAAUUGGCUGAAGACCACGACGAUUCACCUCAUCCUGCGAAGCCUCGAAGACUUCCUGCAGUUCACUCAGAGGGCUAUCCGGAUGUAGCCUGGGCGUCUAAGAUGGUUGCAACUCAUGGACAUUCCUUUCUCUGGUCAGAAAGCUGUCCACUGGGUACAUAACUUAUGUUGUUCUCUAUGAAGAACUAAAAGUAUGAGCAAUAGGACACUAUUUUAAUUAUUUUUAAUUUAUUGAUAUUUAAAUAUGUGAUAUUGAGUUAAUUUAUACAAGUGAUAUUUAUUUUUAUAAAGUGCCACUUGAAAUAUUUUGUGUGUUCGUUUUGAAAAAAAUAACAGAUGGUUGUACAGCUUGAAUACCUUCGUUUCAGAGUCAGAUCAUUUCUUGGAAUGUGUAGGCUUACCUCAAAUAAAUUGCUAACUUAUAAUGUUUUUAAAAGAAAUAUUUAUAAUGUAUUUAUAUUAUGUUUAAAUUGUUUUUAUACCAGUAAAAGUCUUUUUAAAAAAUCA